GCCAGCUGGUCUGGAAUCUCCUCAUUGGUUCUCUCUUUAGAUUAACGGCCAAAGGCAUUUGUUGUUUUUCAAGAGCAAAAGAAGAGAGAGAGAGAGAGGCUUCUGUAUUUCCAAGAGCAUCAAAUCAUGACUGUUUCUGAUACUAAAAUUUCUCUCUCCAAGCUUGCUCCAUUGGAAGCUGUACUAUUUGAUGUUGAUGGGACUCUAUGCGAUUCAGAUCCCCUCCACUACUAUGCCUUCCGAGAAAUGCUUCAAGAGAUAAAUUUCAAUGAUGGGGUCCCAAUUACGGAGGAAUUCUUUGUUAAGAAUAUUGCUGGGAAGCAUAAUGAGGAUAUUGCUUUGCUCCUCUUUCCCGAUGAUCUCCAACGAGGCUUAAAAUUCAUGGACGAUAAGGAAACGAUGUUUCGAAGAUUGGCAUCUGAGCAACUGAAGCCUGUAAAUGGAAUAUAUAAAUUGAAGAAAUGGGUUGAAGAUCAUGGGCUGAAACGGGCUGCAGUUACCAAUGCUCCAAGAGCAAAUGCUGAACUUAUGAUCUCACUUCUGGGCCUCUCUGAUUUUUUUGAUGCUGUUAUCCUUGGGGAUGAUUGUGAGCACGCCAAACCACACCCAGAACCCUACUUGAAGGCUCUUGAAGUGCUCAAUGUGUCAAAGGACCAUACCUUUGUGUGCGAGGAUUCUGUUUCAGGCAUAAAAGCUGGAGUGGCAGCCGGGAUGCCUGUCGUUGGUUUAACUACCAGAAAUCCAGAGCAUCUAUUGGUGGAGGCAAAGCCUACACUUAUUAUAAAGGAUUAUGAAGAUCCAAAGUUGUGGACAGCUCUGGAAGAACUUGAUAAGCAGGAGCUGCUGUGAAACCUGCUGCUUGAAUAAUUUCUUUGGUAACUAGAAGGAUUAUGAUUUACCUGAAUAAUUCUUUUCCACGUGAACAAUGUAUCUUCACCUUGAAGCUGCUUGUGGGUUGAUAUCAAGCGCGUGGGCUCAUAAUCGACGAUAUCAAUUUGGUUCUAGGGGCGGUGGCAUUACUUUACAUUUAACUAAAACAUGGGUAUGUAAUAUUAUUAAAAUAUUGGAACAAUCACUUAAGAAAAAUGCAAUCAUAAUUCAUUAGUGUAUUCUAUGA